UGCUGACCAGCCCGGGGUCCAUGGAGAGGGCCUCGAGGGCCGGCUCUGAGUGCUGCCGGACCCAGCAUCACCACCACGCCGGCUGCUGAGGGGGCCUCUGCACCUCUGGCCCUCACCAUUGCCCUCACCCGCCGAUGGCCCCCGCUGCCCGGCCCGGGGCCGCCUGAGCCCCCUGUGCCCCGCCAGGACUCACCCUACCCCGAUGGGGUAACGUGACGGAGGCCCGCGUGUCAGAGCUGGCCACCCGCCCGCCCGCCACGUCCGCUGCCUGUGACCCCCUACCCCGAAGUGGCCCCGUUGGCUUAGUUCAAGUUCGUUUUUCCUUUGGUCCUUGGGGGUUGGGGUCUGCCUUUGAGUGAGGGGCCCUCCGCCCAUCCAGCGAUGCAGCGAGGGCGUCCCCAGGGACAGGCACAGUGCGGGACACAGCCACGGCAGCCGGACUCACUCUGGGCUUUUGAAGAUUUUCUUUGCUGAAAUUUUCGGUGGUUACUUUUAUUCUUGCCCCCUUAUAAUUCUCUGUCUCUGGGAGGCGGGAGCCUGGACGGGCCGUUCUCCUUUGGGGGGCCGUUCUUCCUCUGCGUUUGGAAAGAGCUCGGUUUUCUAUUCUAACUCUCCGUGGCCGGGGCAGCGUCCUCCCCGCUCCCAAGUAUUUGCACAAUAUUUGUGCAGAGUGUGGGGGGCAGGUUUUUUUAAAAGCAUUUCCUCUCCUGGACAAGCACAUUCUCAUUCGCACCGGGUUUGGGGGGCUGGGGUCUCCUCCUGUUGUGCUCCCUGCCCCGUCUUGACGGGAGCCAUGGCGCGCAUGAACCGGCCAGCCCCCGUGGAGGUGACCCACAAGAACAUGCGCUUCCUCAUCACGCACAACCCCACCAACGCCACCCUGGGCUCCUUCAUCGAGGACCUGAAGAAGUACGGGGCCACCACCGUGGUUCGGGUGUGUGAAGUGACGUACGACAAGGCCCCGUUGGAGAAGGACGGCAUCACCGUCGUGUGGCGGAAAGAGCCCGAGCUUCAGGCUCAGACAGGCCCGGCCCGAACCCCGCCUCUGCCUCUUCCCAGCUGUGACCCCAGGACCACACCUGUGAAGUGCAGGCUCUUGGCAGGACUCAGGGUAAAGCGUGUGCAGAACCUGGUAACAGAGCCAGUGGCCUCCCUCCCUUCCUCUGCAGCAGCCAGGAUGCGGGUCAGGGCUCCUGUCCUCGUGGCGCUGGCCCUCAUCGAGAGUGGGAUGAAGUACGAAGACGCCAUCCAGUUCAUCCGACAGAAGCGACGUGGAGCCAUCAACAGUAAACAGCUCAUGUACCUGGAAAAAUACCGGCCCAGACAGAGACUGCGUUUCAAAGAGCCGCACACGCACAAAACGAAGUGCUGUGUCAUGUAGCUCGGACCUCAGCGGCCUGGGGCCCCGGGGUGGCCCGGCUGCCCGCCCCGCCCGGCAGGGGCUCCGGGGCCUCAGUGCCUCCGCCUGGCCUUUCUCCCGACCCCGCCGUGCGCCCGCCUCCAGGGCUCUGGCCCCGCCCGUGUGUGCUCUGCUGUCCCUCUGUGUCCCCGUGUCUCUGUCCAUCUUGCUACUUCUCAGCUCCAUCCUUCCCUUUGUCUCCAUGUCCCACGUCUCUCUGUGUGUCCUGUGUGUCUGUCUUUCUGUCUCUCUGAGGCUGGGUGGGGGGCCCCUGUCCCUGGCCUUCCCUGUCGCCCUCCCUAGCCACCCCCUGGCAGCUGUCCUCUCUGGCCGUUUGUCGAGGGGACGGGUGUACUUUUUAACCACUGGGCCCAGCCCCUCCUCCCCUUGCCCCGACCUGCGCUCGGCACCUUAAGUUACUGUGUCUGGGGCCGGUCAGAUGUCCUGGACACGCGAAGGCAA